CGCUGAUGAGCCAAGGUACCACCAGCAACGCCGUCGUCGAGAUGCUUGCGAUCGUCGACAAGCGGCUCGCUCGCCGGCGGUACUUUCGAGACAAGCAGCGCGAGCACCGCCGAAAGGUGAACGCAGACGUCGAGGCGGCGGAAGCGGAGCUCCAUCACGUCCAGUGGGUCCUUGAACGCCUUCAACGGGCCAGGCCGGGCGUGCCGCCGAAAGAGCCGAGCGACGGCCCGUUGUCGUGGCACUCGAUCGCGGCUGUGUUUCAGAGAGAAACACACCGGGUUUUGACGGACCACCAAUCCCUCGCAACACAAACCCAACAGUACAAGUCCCUCGCGACCCUCAUGCAACGCUUCGUGAACGUCAAUAUUCCACCGCCCAUGGCCAACAACACAACGUGGCAGAGUGCAUCGUUGGCGGCUGAGCCGAAUGCGCGGAGGGUGGGGAAGGAGUGGCUUACGCAGCAAAUGUAUCACAACAUGCACGUGCCUUUUCGGUUGUUCCCAGCCGUCCGUGUGGACGAGGAGUACUACCAUUUUGACAUGCCCAACGACGACGACGACGACGGUCCUUUGAUGUCGAUGGAAGUCAUGCAGUGCAUCUGGCCAGGGACGCUCGCGACGUUUCGCCGGUUUGCCGAGUCCAAGAUGUCGGCCAUCUACUUCAACGAUCCCGACGCUGCGGUCGAGGAGCGCACGGCCAACACACGACUGUACCAUCUCACGACGGAGAGAGGCACGUUUGUGAACCCGCUGCAGGGCCACUUCAUCGAAGCCGACCGGUUUGUCAUGGUGAUUCGGCAAAUCGAACACGAUGAAGUUCACGUGUGUACCGAACGACACAGGCAGCGCCAUUACAUGUCAUGGUACGUCCGUCGAUGGGCUUGUGACAGAGCGUCACGUGAGGCUGGUGCAGGGUUGAGGUCAAGCAGCUCACUCCGACCCACAUCGUCAUGCGGUACUUGAGCCACAUGUCGCACUACUUUCGGGCCAACGAAGGGUUUGUCAGCGUCGACGAGGUGGCGUCGCUGCGGAACAUUGACCUAACGGGCGUCGCGGAUCACCUGAAGAAGGCGCAUGUUCGACGGGAGCUCAUUCGGCUCGAGCGCGCAGGGUAUUUGGUGUGGCAGACGAAGAUCUUGAACUUAUUGCAAGCGUCUUAGUAUGGCCACACGGUUAGGAAAAGGUCCGUCGUUGCGUGUUUCGCCAUCGUGCAGGGUAGAAAGGUCGCUUGGAAGGGGGAACUGCAUGUCGUGGCCCCGCGGACGAGACGUCUGGCGGCACCAAGAGCGCCGGUGCGAUGUAUAGUCUUGGGACCGUAUCGCAUCCAGGCUUCAGGCCCAUCCCACUGCCCGUUGUGACGAUUUUGUCGUUGACAGGUCACGCGGACACACAGCUGUAAUUCGGUUCGUUCGACUUGUCGUGCACACUGUCACUCGUAGCUCAACGCAUUGAACAUGACAACGCUGUCCUCGAUCGGAGCGGCGACCUCACGCGCAUGGAUUCUGCCCUUCCACGUUGGAUCCCAGCACCAGGCCCCGAAAAAUGACGAGACAAAACCC